AUGAACGAAGAGACCGAGACGAUGGACGUGGUGAAGGACGCCGCCACGACGACAGAAGCUCCCUCGAGGCCGCCGACGGGUGGGGAUCGCCACGAAGCACACCAGCAGUCGCGCACCGCGUCGGAGAAGGGCAGCAGCAGCAGCAGCACGUCGUCACCGCCGGCGGCGCCUUUGACCGGGCAGCAGCAAGAGAAGCAUACCGAGGACGAGAAGCAGGAGAAGAUCACCAGGUCGACAGACGACGAUUACCCCGAGGGCGGCACGCGAGCCUGGCUCGUGGCGGCCGGCACGGCGGGCAUCCUGUUCUGCUCGCUGGGGUACACCAACUCGUUCGGCGUGUUCCAGGCGUACUACAUGCGCAACCAGCUGCGCGACCACACCCCGGACGACAUCUCCUGGAUCGGCUCCAUCCAGGCCUUUCUCGUCUUUGCCUCGGGGGCCAUCGGGGGCCCGGUGUUUGAUCGAUACGGUGCCUGGGUCAUCCGUCCCGCGGCGGUGGUGUACAUCUUCUCCGUCAUGAUGACCAGCCUGUGCCGCGAGUACUGGCAGUUCAUGCUCGCGCAGGGCGUGCUCAGCGGCAUCUCCAACGGGCUGAUCAUGUUCCCAGCGAUGGCGGCCACGCCGCAGUACUUUUUCAAGAGGAGGGGCGCGGCCAUGGGCCUCGUCAUCGCCGGCUCCUCGGUCGGCGCCGUCGUGUUCCCCAUUGUGCUCUCGGAGCUGCUGGAGACGGUCGGGUUCGGCUGGUCCGUCCGGGUCUGCGGCUUCAUCAUGAUGCCGGUCCUCCUCUUCUCGUCGAUGACGGUCAGGGCGCGCCUCCCGCCGCGCAAGAGCCGCUUCUUCGUCUGGACGGCGUUCCGGGACCCGCUCUACCUCUGCCUGAUCGGCGGCGUGUGCCUCAUGUUCGUCGGCAUGUUCAUCCCGCUCUUCUACCUGCCGACGUUCGGCAUCGACCACGGCAUGAACCCGGCGCUGGCCUCGUACCUCGUCGCCAUCAUCAACGGCGCCUCGGUCCCCGGACGCAUCGUACCCGGGAUCCUGGGCGACAAGUUCGGUCGUAUCAACACGCUCUUCACCGCGGGCCUCCUCACGGGGGUGCUGAUUCUGGUCUGGCCCAAGGCCGGCAACGAGGCCGGCAUCAUCGGCUUCUCCGCGGCCUACGGUCUCACCUCGGGCGCCAUCAUCUCGGGUGGCUCGGUCGUGUUCACGUUGUGUCCCAAGACCCCAAAGGACAUCGGCACCUAUAUGGGGAUGGGCAUUGCAUUCGCGUCCAUGGCUGUCUUGGUUGGGCCGCCCGUCAGCGGUGCGCUGCUGAAUCGGUAUCACGGCUACGAUCAGAUCUCCAUCUUUGGCGGUGUGGUCUGUAUGGCAGGGACAGUGCUUGCGCUCUGCGCCAAGAUGUUUACGAACGAGGGUCUUUUGGGAUUUGUUUGA